AUGGCGGCGGAGCGGGAGCUGGGCCCCGGGGCUGCAGCGGGUGACCGGGGCGCGGCCGGAGGGUGCCCGUGCUCCGCUCUGCUCGCUCCUAGGCAGGGGCUCAUGGAGGAAGCCCGGCGCCCCCUGAGGGAGUUCGAGGUCGGGGACAAGUUCUGCCGCUUGCCGCUGCCCAGAGCCGCCGUGCUGCUGCCGCUCGUGGUGCGGCUGGGGCGGCUGCACCUGCUGCUCACCGUCCGGUCCAUGCAGCUGAGAAGAUCACCAGGGGAAGUGUGUUUUCCAGGAGGUAAAAGAGAAGCCACUGAUGAUGAUGAUAUUGACACUGCUCUCCGAGAAGCUAAAGAAGAAGGGUGUCUUGAGCCAGAGAAGGUGGAAGUCAUGUGUAGGCUGAUGCCUGGAAUUGAUAAAUUAGUGAUGCUCUGGAGUACCACACAGACAGUGCUGCGCUGGCAGGAGUUUAGCAGAGAGCCACGAGCACAGUCACAGGGCUCCAGCGAGUGGCUGAUGAGCAGAGAGGCUGAGAGAGUCAAACAGCUGCAGAUAGAGAUGGUGAUGAUGCUGAUAAAGAAGCCUGCUCUGGAGCUGCAGGAAAAGCUUCCAUCCCAUCCCCCAAACAACAGGUUCCCUGACAAAAAGCUGUGCCAGAGUCUUGUCAAAGCUGGGAAUAGCCUGGACUUCAGACAGGAUGUGGUCCUGGUGGCUGUGACACUCUCCAUGUGA